AAAACAAAAAGAGAAAUCCUGGCGAGCGGGAAGCCAAAAUUAGCUGCAGACACCCACGAAAUCGAAAUCCCCAUUUCGCUUGCCAGAACCCCAAACCCCACGGCCACUCCGGGCCGGCGGCAACGCCUCCCGACCUGCGGCGGCCGGGAUGGACCGGAUCCACGUCACCGUGCGAGCGCGGCCGCUCUCGGCGGAGGAUGCGCAGAGCAGCCCGUGGCGGAUCUCCGGCAACGCCGUCGCGCUCACUGCCCAGCCCUCCACGCGCUUCGAAUUCGACAGGAUAUUUGGUGAGGAGUGCCGAACUGCUGACGUCUACAUGGCCCGCACGAAGCACAUCGUCGAUUCUGCGGUGCAAGGGUUCAACGGUACUGUUUUUGCAUAUGGACAAACAAACAGUGGAAAGACCUAUACAAUGAGAGGUUCUGAUGAUGAACCUGGAAUAAUACCGCUCGCGAUUCACGAUUUAUUUCGAAGUAUACAAGAGCAUAUGGAUAGAGAAUUCCUUGUCCGUAUGUCUUAUAUGGAGAUUUACAAUGAAGAGAUUAAUGAUCUUCUUGUCCCAGAACAUCGAAAAUUGCAGAUUCAUGAGAAUUCUGAGAGAGGCAUAUAUGUUGCUGGCUUAAGUGAGGAAAUUGUAACCCAUCCCGAACAAGUCCUGGAUUUCGUGUCAUUUGGGGAAUCCCGUCGUCAUAUUGGGGAGACAAAUAUGAAUGUCUAUAGCAGCCGUUCUCAUACUAUAUUUCGCAUGGUUGUUGAGAGUCGAGAAAAAGUUGAUGACAGUGACUCCGGAGAUUCCUGUGAUGCUGUUCGAGUAUCUGUCCUGAAUCUGGUAGACUUAGCUGGUUCAGAACGUGCUGCAAAGACUGGUGCAGAGGGUGUGAGACUCAAGGAGGGUUCCCACAUUAACAAAAGUUUAAUGACUCUCGGUACGGUAAUCAAGAAACUAAGCGAAGGCAUAAAAGGUCAAGGGGGACAUGUUCCUUACCGGGAUAGUAAGUUGACAAGGAUACUGCAACCUGCUCUGGGUGGAAAUGCCAACACGGCCAUCAUUUGUAAUAUAACACUUGCACAGGUCCAUGCAGAUGAGACUAAAAGCAGCUUACAAUUUGCCAGUAGGGCAUUACGUGUUACAAAUUGUGCAGAAGUUAAUGAGAUUUUGACAGAUGCCGCUCUAUUAAAACGCCAAAGGAAAGAAAUAGAGGAGCUUCGCGCAAAACUUAAGAACUCUCAAAGUGAACACUGCGAUGAAGAUAUUCUGAAUUUGAGAAACACGCUACUACAGAGUGAACUGGAGAAGGAGAGAAUUGCAUUAGAGUUGGAAGAGGAAAGGAAAGCUAAAGAGCAACGUGAGAAGAGGUUGCUUCAGCAAGCAAAGAAAAUUGAAAAUCUUAGUUCUCUGGUUUUAAAUUCAGAGAGAGAUGACAGGACUGUUGUUUCUAGUAAGAACAAAAGAAGGCAAACAUGGUGUCCCAAACCACAAUCAAGGCAGUUUGAUGUUGAGGUUCUAGAACCUGCAGAACAAGGCUCUGUGAGGAGCUCAGUUGGGGACGGGCGUCACAUGGGGAUGCCCCCGCAUUUUGAAGAGCUAAUGCAAGAAAGCUACAUAAACAACAGUGGCCGUCCUGCUCAUGGUUGUUCAUCAAGGGAUUUAUCCAAUGAAGAUGUUUCUCUUCCUGAUUCACAUGCUUUGCUGCAUGUUACCAGCAGAAGAAAGCCAACUACAAUGAAGAAAUCAGAUCAAGAUCAAUUUGGGGGGUUAGUACCUGAACUACCCCAAGAGUGGAAAGACACCAUGCGAAGUCAGGAAAUCACCAAGCCUGGUGGCUUAUCUGCUAGAGAAUCUGAGGCAAUUCUUGUCAUUAAACAACUUCAAGAUCAGCAGGUCAAGUUGCUGGAGUUAGAGAAGAGUUCUAUUCAAAAUAACUUGGAUGAUGUUCUUGAGUUGGCAAUCCAGCAGAAGGCUUCUUUUAGCGAGAAGUAUGAAGAGCUUCAGCAGAAUGCUCUAGCAGCACAAGAACAAGCAAAAAUUGCUAAUGAGAAGCUAUCAGCACUGUCUACUACUGCAAAAUCCAAAGAGGAACUAUUGUAUGAAUUCUUCAGCAAUGUAUUGAUGGAGACUCAAGGACUCGCUGUGCAGAUGGAUCAAUCGACACACUCAGUUGACAAUGCUAUUUCUUUCAUUGAAGAACUCUUUCAGAAUCUCUCCAAGAUGGCAGAAAACAUAGCUGAACUAAAGCAGUCUUCGUAUGUACAUAUAACACAGUCCAGUUAUGUGAUUAGGGAUCAUGAGAAAAUUUCAAGAAAAUUGAUGGAGAAAAUCACUGGUCUUGAAUCGGAGAAGAAACUGUUAUAUGAACAGUUCCUAGAGCAACAAGAUGAACUUCAGAGGACGAAGUCCAGUCUAGGAAGCUGCGAGAAGUCUAUGAAUGAUUGUACCCUUCAACAUGAGAUGGAGAAGGAUAGCAUUCUCUCAGAGCUUCUAACCCUCCAAAAGGAAGUCUUAACCUUGUCGUCAUCUUCCCUAAUGAAAGAAAAGGAGUCUAUCCGAAAGGAACUUGACAGAACAAAAACAAAGUUACGAGAGACUGAAAACAAACUUAAGAACUAUAUUCAAGGAAAAAUAAAGCUUGAGGGUGAAAAAGCUGAGGCCCACAGAGAAAUAAAGAAGUUGCAAAGCCAGAAGACUCUUCUUGAACGUGAUCUACGGAAGCAUGAUUCACUCGUUGUUGAUAAAAGGCAUGAGCUGAAUGUGAAGCCAGAAGAACUUGCUGGACUUUUUGAUCAAGCUGGUCAGAUGCAGGAGGACUAUCAAAGGCUUGAGCUCCUUGCUUCUGAUAUGGAGGCUGAAAUUGCUUCUUUGCAAGAAACUUUAAUGACUUCAACUGGAGAAAAGGAAGAAGCACUAUCUAAACUAGAUCUUAUUGCGUUGGAACAGGAAGAUCUCGAAAAUAGGUUUAGUGCCACAGAAUCGAAGAUGAUGUCCUUGAGCGAGGAGGUUACUCUUCUGACCAAAAAGCUAGAGGCAUCUGAGUCUUUUGGUAGAAAAAUGGAGGCUUCCCUCAGUUCUGUAUCAAGUGAAAAAGAAGACUUGGGAAUGCAACUUACGGAUGUCCUUCUGGAAAUGGAGUCUGAAAGAUCAAUGUGGAUAGCCAAGGAGAAAGCAUAUCUAGAAGCUAAGCAACAAGUGAAUAAAUGCAAUGAUGAGAAUAGCAAAUUAUCAGAAGAUUUGAUUAAGGUGAGACAAGAGCUGGCCCAAUGUAGAGAACUGUUGGGAACUCUAGAGGGCAAAAUGGUUCUUUCCAUGGAGCAUGACAGACAUGAUAAAAAGUUCUGCAGGGAGAAUUGUGAAGAAUCAGAACAACUUGUGGAGAAAGGAAGAGACAUUGAUAACGACAAUGCUGUACUUAAAAAUCAGGAACUUUACAAGCAACUACUGCUUAUCACAGAAGAACGAGAUACCUUAAUUUCUAGGACGGAACAGAUGAGUUUAGUUAUCAAUGAAUCAGAAGUUUUAAAGGAGGUUUCUGAUAAGAAGCUAAUACAGGCUAAAGCUAAUAUAGAAGAGUUGAACUGUCGGAUAUCUACCAUGGAAGUCAAGAUGAAAAAUGAUGCUUUGACUUACAACAAAGAGAAAACAAAGCUCCGCAUGCAAAUUCGGUGGUUGCAACCAGAACUUGAUGCAAAUCGUGGAAGUCUUAAAGAAGCUGUGGAAGAAAGGGCGUUGAUGGAUAAGAAGUAUCAUGAAGCAACCGCCAUGCUCAAGCAGAAGCUUGCAGAAAUGUGCCGUGAAGUUCUGAAGUUGAGAGAAGAGCUUAAAAACUUAAAAGGUGCAUCAAAUUGAUACAGCAGCCUUUCUUCUUUGCAACUAACAUAGUGAAGCUAAUGUUUAGAACAGUGAGCAUUGCCUCAAUGCUGGUCCAGCUCUUCCAGACUUGUGCCUGAGUAUCUGCUUCAGUAAGUUUAGCAGGUGCUAUAGCUGCUGCAUAUCAUCGUAUUACCCUGUCUGCACCGUCUGGUACCUUACCCUACCAGCCGUGCUAUCAUACUAGUGUGAACUUGUAAAUCUUGCAGUGGACCUGCAGCCUAAUGACAUUGCGUUGUGCAUGGAGGUCCUGGUUAUGGAGCGCAACUUCUGCAGACCGUAUUGCUGUAGACCUGUUGUCAGCUAUCUAGAUUGAAUCCAGAAUUUCAAAGACCUCA